GCGAGAACUUCGAUGUCACGUGGAUUAUGGCUGAAGAUCGCGGAUAUUAGAAGGAGAGAAAUCUACAAACCGAGAGCAAAGAGGAGGCGAAGCUGUGACUCUUCAGCAGCUCUGACACACUACUCACACAGCAGUGAUGGCGCAUGUCUUCAACCAUGGGAAGCUGCUCCUGCAGCGCCUGCACCAGCAGCGGGAGAUGGACUUUCUGUGUGACAUCACCAUAAUGGUGAAGGACGUGGAGUUCAGGGCUCACCGUAACAUCCUCGCUGCGUUCAGCGAGUAUUUCUCCUCCCAUGCUGAAAAGGGGGAAGAGAUCACGACUUUGGACCCCGACAAGGUCAGCCGGUACUCGCUGGAGAAGCUCCUGGAGUUCGUCUACACGGGACACAUGAACCUCAGCAGCACCCGACAAGCGGCCGUACGGCGAGCCGCCAUCUUCUUAGGAAUGACCGAGGCCACGAAAUAUCUGGAGGAGUUCCCUCACUGGUCUGAGCUCGGCGAAACGUCACAGUCGGAGGCAGAUAAAGAGACGGGUCUCUCGCCUCCCAGCCCCGCCUCCCCAAGCAGCCCCAACUCCCCAGUCCCACUAUCCAUAGUGUCUGUUGCGGGGGAAUGGCAGGAGGAAGGUAAGGUCAGCAGAGAGCAGGAGGAUGAGGGCAGAGAUAUGUUUGUGGAAGACGAUGAAGAGUACACCCCAAGCACGCCAAGAAGCACCGGGAGAGUAGGGGGCAGGAAGAGAGGUAGAAAGCCUAAAAGUUUUGGCGACGAGCAGAUGGAGGCGAGCAGCUCGGCUGACGGCACGCCCAAAAUCUACAGCUACAGAGGGAGAGGGCGAGGGAGAGGCAGGGGCAGAGGCAGGGGGAGAGGAAGAGGAAGAGGGAGCUUAAAGAGUCAAGAACUCUAUUUGGAUGACUCUGAUACGAGCGUGAAGGACUUUGGAGACACCUCAGCAGACUGGAGCCCCUCGCAGGGGGAAGAAGAUGAGGAGGAGCCUGGGAUGAAGAGGCCGAGGCUGAGCACCGGAGAGGGGAGGAGAGGGCGAGGCCGCGGGAGAGGGAGAGGCCGCGGGAGAGGCAGGGGCCGAAACAGGGGACAGACCGACGACGAGGAGGAGGAGGAGGCGGGGGAUGACAGCAUUGGCGGAGGCACGGAGGAGGAGGAGGCGGGGGAGGGAGUGGAAGAGGGCGAGAUCGGGGAGAUGGAUGCGCUGGCUCUGGGCGAGAUGUCGCUGUCGUGCACAGAGUGCAACAAACUGUUCAAAGACGUGAGCAGCCUGCGGCGCCACGAGAAGAUCCACAAGGGGCUGAAGCCGUUCGCUUGCAUCUUCUGCUCCAAAACCUUCAGGCAGGCCACGCAGCUGAAAACACACCUGCGCAUACACACAGGCGAGAAGCCGUUCAAUUGUGCCGAUUGUGACAAGUGUUUCGCUCAGAAGUGCCAGCUGGUCGCUCACCGCCGAAUGCACCACGGCGAGGAGAAGCCGUACACCUGUGAGCGCUGCGGCUUCAAGUUUGCUACCUCGUCCAAUUAUAAAAUACACAUCAGACUGCACAGCGGGGAGAAACCGUACGUCUGUGACAUCUGCGGCCAGGCGUUCGCUCAGUCCAGCACGCUGACGUACCACAAGCGACGACACACUGGGGAGAAACCGUACCAGUGCGACCUGUGUGGCAUGUCCUUCUCUGUGUCUUCCUCUCUCAUUGCCCACACACGUAAACACACUGGCGAGACUCCGUACAAAUGUUCGCAGCCUAAAUGCGACGCCAAAUUUGUCACGUCAUCUGAACUGAAGAAACACAUGCGGCGACUUCACCCGGAGGGGAACAGCGGCGUGCAGUGCCUGCUCUGUGGAAACAGAUUUGCCAGCGUGAAGAACAUGAUCAAACACCAGGACAAAGCUCACGCCGACGAAGUGCGGCAACACAAGGAGAGAGCCCGAGCCGUGGUCCUGCUGUCCACCAGCCAUCCUGUGGCCUUCGUCCAGAGCAAGCUCUCCCAGGAGAGCAAAGGUUUGGGCUCCAUCCCCGAGGGCGAGCCGGCCAACCCCGAACCGGCCACUCCCAACCCCAAAGCCACCGACCCCACCGCGGCCGCCUCCGACGUCGCCGCCACUGACUCUGCUGCAACCGCGACCGCCGACAGCGUGACCGCCGACAGCGUCACGGACGCCGCCGCCAUCAUCCAGGACUUCAAGGCGGAGCCCACGCACACCCCUCUCACCACCGCAGAGCAGGUGACCUUCGACGCCGAUCAGGAGCAGACCAUCAACUCGGACACGCUGCACGCGCUGGUGGAGCAGCUGCGGCCGCCGCCUUCGCCCGCACAGACGCUGGAGCAGAUUGUCAUCAUCAAGACGGUGGACAACAUGGACAACAUGCCCCCCCAGCAGUGAGGCCUGAGUAACACUGAUCAGAACUAAACUUCAGUUUUAAACAGUCACUCGCUGAUUGGCAUGAAGUCAGUGCUCAUGUUCAGGAUAAAAAAUCAACAUUUGUAAAGAUAAUCUACAAGAUGAAGACAAUUUGGUCCAACUCGGGCUUUAUUUUCAUAGUUUUGACCAUCAUUUCAACCUGUGGUACAAACAGGAAGUGCGAGCAGUCGGGUUAGAAACUAACAUCAAGGUUAGACAAAAUAUUUUGGACGACGGACGGCAAAAUAUAAUCCAAACUUUAUGUCGCCACAUUCAGUUAAAUCCAGUAGGACAGAUGGUGAUGGGAGCGUUUUCAGACUUUUUAAAUAAAUUAAUCGCAUUAUGUGAUUUUUAUUUGUCAAAAAAGUCUCAAGCAGAAUCCUCAGAGUUUUUUUUUGUCUUCCAUACUUCCCAAAACCCAAAGACUUUCAGCUCUCUGUGACUUAAAAUGGAGAAAAGCACCAAGUUCUGCAUUUCAGAGGCUGAAACUAGAAACAUGUGAUGUGGUCACCACAAUUUGUACGUGGAAAAACCAGAAAAAUGAUGCACCGGCGUGCACACAUUUAAUAUUUUGCAAUAAUAAAAAAACUUUCCAGUAUUUUUUUUUUAAAUUGUGAUGUAUGAGAAACAGACGAUCAGAUUCACAGCUCAUGGUCUGUUUUUUGGGUUAUUAUCAAAAUCACUGAGAUUCUAACAUAUUUACAGACGAGCGUUUCCACCAAAUUAACACUGAUGCAAAAAGCAUCAAAUGAAGCUAUAACCCCCUCCUCCUCCUCCUCCUCCUCCUCCUCCUCCCAAAACAUAAACCCUUAAAGAAGCAGCGAGGCUUCAGUUGAGUUGGUUUACUGGUCAAAACUAUAAGAAUAAAACCUGACCCAGUCAUCCUUUUUAAAAAUGCCCAUAUUUUUAUUAGAAGUGAAAUGAAAUUCAUGAUCCAGCAGGACGAUUUACAGCUGCUCCUCCUCAAACGGGUCAUAUGGCAAACAAAAUGCAGUUUAACCGUGUCAGUGGGCCGAUACUGUUGUGUGACGCCAGUCUUGAGCUUGAGAUAAAAAGGAGUUGAUGGAGAUCUGAAAGAGGCUAAAAACAGAUCAGUUAUUUUUCUAAUGAAGAUUUUUGUUUCCUUGGCAGAGAGGAGGAACGAGCGGCAAUAAAAGGCAGAAUCAAAUUAUUAUAACCUGAAGAAUCCCACUAAGAUUCUCUCUUUGUGUUCAGCAGUGACGUCAUGAUCAGCACUGAUGAUUUCAUGCUGUUGUGCUUAAACCUGUUUCACUUCUUUGAAUGACCUGCUAACUGUUCGUUGGAGUCGCAGUUAAACUACAUUCUCCCUGUAAAAUCCACUGUUUGGGUUUACCAGAUGUAACCAGUUUUCUCCCAGCAUUAACCAGCUGUACACAUAAAGAUAACCAGUUUGAUUACUUGUGCUGUCUUUUCAAUCAGCAGAUGUCAGAAUCAGGAGGGAAGGGAGGGGGAGAGAGCCCAAUCAGCAGAUCUGUACAAUUUACCGUUGUUCAGAUGUCUGACGUUCUGAUCCAAGUUCCUCGUUUCACUUCCCAGCUUAAUGGUGAAGUGUGUGAAAAAAGAAACUGAUUCUACAUUUUCUUCUACUGUAGAAAGUGAAGCUUUGAUUCACAGCGACUGACCUGCUUCAAACCGCUUAAAGGUGCUUUUUGUAAAAACAGCCCGUUGUGUGAAGAUGAUUUACAAGUCCAAAGACGAGCGUGUUGGGUUACUGUGAGCGUGAAUUGUUGUAGAUCUGACCAGAAGAAUGAGUUCAAGGGUAUAAGCAGCAAUGAAAAAAGGAGUUUCCUCCUAUGGAUUUCUGGGAUCUCCAUUAGAGAGAGGGCGAUUAGCUCAGGGUAGGAGGAGUCAGUUUAGGUAGUUCAGCUUCCUCCUUUAGCGAGGUGUUUCAGGGCUGUCUGCUGGAUUAAGUGGCUGGAAGAGGAAGGUCUCCUUAGACUGCAGACCCCACAACCGUGAUCUGGAUACACAGACGGAUGGAAAUCAACAUCUUUGUAUUUUGUGGCAGAGAUGUCAGCUAAAGCAAGGCUGAGCCGUACUCCUGUAAUACCACUUUGGACCACAAGGUGGAGCAGUGAGUCAGUAUAGUGUCCUCUCUGUCACACUGACCUGGCUCGUUUGGUAGCUAAAAGACUCUGUAGUGUUUUUAUAAAGCGAACAGAAACUUUAGAUAAGCUAGAGGUCUGAUCAGAUAUCAUUUUAAACUUACACAGAAGAAGGUGGCGCUGUUUGGGGCGGAUAACUGUGCUUCCUGGUGAAACACCACCUCCUGGUGGUGAACGUUUGCAUUACACUUUUUGUUUCUUUUUUGUUUUUUUUUACAAAAAGUACCUUUAAAGUCCUCUAACCUCACACAACAUUUUCUCCGACGUGGAUGUCGUGGCUGCAGUUUUUUGUUUGUUUGUUUGUUUUUUCUAUUACAGCUUCCUUUUGUUUGAUGGAGUAACGCUUGUAAAGAAUAACUCUGAUACAGUACAACUCCGUUUUAAUAGUUAGCGUAGUGAAUAGGAGCUUUGGUAUCAUAAGAUGUAACAUCUUUAUUUAUCAAGCAAUAAAUGUUCCACCCUGCAGUGAUAUGUGAUAAUGGUGGCUUCAUUGAUGUAAUAGAGGCUCUUUUUAUUCUUCUUUUUUCUUUUUUAAGUAAAUCAGUUGUUUCAGUGUGAAAGAGUGAAAAAAUGCAUUUCUAUUAACAUGACCGUAGCUGUUUGUUUAUUUCAUUUGGUUUUUUUGUUUUAGGUAAAAUGUCUGCAUUACUUGUACAAAUUUGUGAAUUACAUAUACAAGUUCACUACUGUAUGAAAAAUGUACAACAGCAGCAGGAAAAUAAAGACCGACAAAAAAGGGACAAUCGGACUGCUGUUUGUCAGUUUAUUAUGACAUUUUUACUUUUUUGUUCUUAAUGUCACUGCAGAUGUUUUUGUUGUUUUUCUCAAGCAGAACCACCUGUUUACAGGAUGUAAUUUGAUUUAUAAUCUAAUCAGUAUGUUCUGAAAGCAUCCACAUGGCAAUAAAACACAGUUACUGAGCAAAGUGUCUAGAACUCAGUGGAUACUAUUUAAGGAACUGCAGUUUCUUGUCAUAAAUAAAUGUAAUACUUAUGAUUGGUAAUAUAUAAAUAACACAAGUGUCCGAUCAAUUAAAAGUAUUUUAGGAGUGAGGAAAUAACUGGAAUUGCUCAAAAAUACUGUCUAGCAAAAUAAUGCAAAUAAUUUAGAUUAUACAUUAUAUUCAGUGAUGAUUUUAAAAUAUUUCAUGUAGCUUCUUAAAAACCACAGAACACUGACUUAAAGACAAACUGAGGACAAUCCUUUAAAGGAUUAAUUUUUUAAAGUUUUAUCGCAAUAUAUUUCAUAUUUUAAAAUACAAAAAAUAGACUAAAGCUCAAAAUUUGUUUCAAUUCUUUUUGACUAUUGACUUUUAUUCAUUUGUGUUCUUGUAAAUGCAUCCAUUUUGUUUCCUAAAACAUUUUAUUUUCUUUUACAUUUCACUAACUGAUCAUAAAGAUAAAAGCUGUAAUUAAAUGUUUUGCCAUUGAUAUUUCUUCUUAAAACGUUUAGUUUCUCUUAAAUUUGAAUUUGUGUUCUCCUGAAUUUAAAAUUGAAACUAAUAAAUUGGAAAUAUUCUUU